AAAUGAGGCAGUAGAUGAUUGUCCUCACCCUCAGAUCAUGUCACGAAAAAGAUGGCGCUUCUAUGAAGCCGGUCUGAAAUUUUUGUCUUGUUUGAAAGAAUGAGAACCGUACGCCGAGAAGUUUCUGCAAGAACCGCGGGUGCCGUGCCCGGUACGCACUCGCGUUUUUGCAGACCCACGUUUCUUGUGCUUGCUCUUCAUCUACACCUGGAUUUCUUCUUUGAUCCCAGCAGCCAGGCGCUGGUUCGCGCUAUCCAGGCUGGUGUCGCCGAGAAAGGCGCAGCGAGUUCGCGUGCGGUCAAGACUGACGAAAGAACUGCAGAUCUUCAUGCUGGCGGGUCCACUACUUUUUCCCAGCAGGGUGGAGACAAUUUGCACGACAUCAACUAUUCGCACGGCUACAGUGAGACGGCCGGUGGGGAGGGGACACUAACGAGUGGCGGCGGCGACUCAUUACAGCAGAGAAGGGUCUUGCAGCUCCACAACGACGGUGACUCCGAGGCGUAUUCUCCGGAGGAAGCCAAUGAUCAUGAUCAUGCACAGGCAUCAUUGCCUGGAAAAGCAUAGACGCAACGGCCUUCUUCCUUCGCCAAGCUCGAGGACCAGGACAAGUACUAUGAAGCAUUCGAACAAGCAGCUGCACCAGCUGCACGGCAACAGCCGCAAAGCGAACCAGCCCAAUCAACACAGCAAGAAAAAUCGACCGCUGCUUCUCAGGAUCAUGUUCAUCAGGAUCAACAUGCGGAAAACGAACAACAAUCGCACGGAAAUUUAGUUCCUGUGGACAGCUACAGCAACAGCGCCACGAGCUUGGAGGCCCGGGUGGAGCGGGCGGAAGCGGAAAUGGCGCGGAUGAGACAGCAGAUGCUGGAAAUGGAGGAGACCAAACGGGAGCUCGCAGCUCUGAAGAACGCUUUUGGAGAGGAAACCUCGUUUGUGCGGAAAGCGCUCGCGCGCGUUCGCUGGUGCGGGGCCAUCACCGUCAGCUUGAUCCGCUUUCUGCUCGAGUCGUUCAUUUGCUACGAACGGGUAGACACGGUGUUUGGGUUUUACCUGCUGCUCUUCGCGUACGUGUCGAUGGUCAGCGGGACGUUGAUGCCCGUCAAGAUGAUUUUCUUCCCGCACAAAAUUCUCCUGAAGAUUUCCCCCCAGGGGCUGGCGCAGAAGGUGCACGCGAAGCUUUCUCCCUUGGGUGGGCGUUUUGCCGCCACGACCGGCAGCUCCUCCUCGGGGGACCAUCCUGGCGGGGACAGCACAUCAGAGCAGAAGCAGGAGGGCGAGGACGCUGGCGACGAGAGGACUGGUGGUAGUCUUGCAACCAUGGAGGUCGGGAGGGCAACUGCUCCUGUGAAUGUUAAAGCAGAGGACGAACAGCGACAGUUGCCGGAAGAAACCGGGGCCGACGCCGAAGACCUGGACAAGCCUUCAACGAGAACAGAAGGGGAGGAUCAGGCCCAAGCACAAGCCCCGGAGUACGAGGAAGGCAGAAUGUUUCCGCGCGGUUUCCUGGCGGCGGGCACGCUGUCCUGCGUGUGCCAAGAUAGCGACAGUGCGGAGGGGAAGCUGUUCACCCUAUUCCUGGUGCUGUACAUGAUGGCCACCUUGGUAAGCCAGUACCCUUUUCAUGCUAUCCCAACAGAGAAAACGCUAGCCUGUGCUUGUAAUGCAAAAGUGAAUUUUUUUUUUUUUUUAGAAUUUAAAUUUAAAUAUAAGGCAAACAAGGCCUGUCGUGCAUAGCCGAAACAGCGUGGUGUCCUAUGGGCCUGCCCAUGACAAGUUUUUUGUUCUUGCAUUGGCUCUGCUAGCUCUUUUCUCUCCGUGUGAUACACCCUUACCGCUCGUUCUGCCUCUGGCGAACGGAAGAAAUGGCCAGUGACCGGGGCGAUCUGGCGUCGCCGCGCAUGAGUUCGGAUUUCGAGAUCGCUUUGCGCGCCGUUUGGCUGGUGGUACCCACCUACUUCUUCGUCGUAACGGCCGUGAUACAAACACACAACCCGGAUACAGACGAAGUCGAGAGCAGCACCGCGGCCCGCUCGGCGGCUGUAUCGCGGAUCGCCGCGGCGGAGGACGGCGAGGCGGCUGAGGACACG